AUGGAGAGGGAAAUGCUUAAAACCAUCCCCGAUCGUGACAUGGUGGAUGAGUUGAUGGUGUCAACAUUUGCCCAGCGAAGGAGAGAGAUAGUAGGUGAUGAACCACUACUAAGAGAAAUUCGCAACCGAUGGCCGGCAUUGCUUCAAGAAAGACAGAUAAGAGCUGAAUUCGAACGAGUUACUGCCCAAGAACUGCUACCUUCAUUUCUCAAUGGCCUCGAUGCACUUGUACCCCGACUGCUGGAACUCUACAAAUCCUCAAGCAAGUCUGGAAGGUGCCGCUCCUUGGGUGCCAUUCUGACCUCCCUUGAGAAAGAUAACACAAAUGAGAGGAAGAGGACAGCUGUUCUGUUGGGACUUCCACUCUACCUCAAAGAAGAUUCAUCCAAUGUUUUCCGGCUGUGUGAUGCCCAUUAUGACCAUCUGGAUGAAGCGUUGAAGGGAAUGGAACUUGGACUCCUGAUUGCCUAUGAAGAGGAGCAGGAUGCGGUCCCACAUCAGAAAGUGCUGUGCCCUAUAUGUGACCAGCUAUUCGAUUUGGAUAAAGUGGAGUUUCAUGCUAGUUUUUGUGUUGAGAGCAUUUGCGGUGAUGAUGACAAUAAGGCCCAAGGUUCUGAUAAGAUUUUUGAGUCAGCCCCGAGCACUUCAGCAAACUGGAAAAAUGCUAAAGAUCCAAAAAGGGCCAUUUCACUUUUUAAUAAGGAACUACUGAAGAGUAAUAGCUCAAAGCCAGCAAAUCGUUUUACUUUCGACUUAAGAACUGGCCCAGAGGAACAGGAUAGGUCCUAUGUGAGCUUUUAUAAAAGCAACGGUGUGGAGUGGGCAUCUCCACUAGCGUGUACACUUGCAGGUGAUGCAGCAGUGGGACUGGGUGUCAAUAGGCAUGUUAUGUCUACAUUAAUGAACAAACUGAGGAGUGGAUUCCACAUCAAUGUUGGACAUGGUCCAGUUACAAAAAUAUUUGAUGGCCAAAGCGACCAUUUGGUUCCAUCAAAUUCAGCAAUGAUGCUAGAGGUAGAGGACUGUCCUGACUUGGACCUGAGAGAUACUAUUGAUCUUCUGAAGAAAACUGACCUUAAAGAAGAGGAACGGCAAAACCUGGUUAAUCUCUGUCUUGCUUGGGAUUUGCCUCUUCCUACUAAAGACAACAUUAAAUGGCUCCAUGAGAAGCUCCUCCUUCAUGCGGUUUUAGGUCGGGCAUCCAAACAAAUAAAACAGAUUCGAAAAGGGCUGAAAGAAACGGAUGAUUCUUUCGCCGAUUCAAUGGCCAAUUCCAAGCACAGAUUCUGA